UUGUUUCAUUCAGCCGCACCCUCUGCCCCUGCAAGUGUGGCUACCUCCCAGGAACCCCAGGCUGCUUCUGGCCCUGCCAAGCCCAAAGGCAAAGAGGCCAAGGGUGGCUCGACCCCAAAGGCUGUCCCUGGCAGAAGAAAAAAGACCUCGAUAUCUGCCUCCUCCUCUUCUCCUACCUCCCCAAAGCAAACCUCCUCAACACCCUGUUCCCCCUUAGCUACCUCACCUGGGGCAUCUGGAGCUCCCAGCCAGGGCAACCGUGGCGUCCCAAAGGUUGUAAAGGCUGGCAAACAAGGAAAGGCUAAGAAAGGAGAGGCUUUCAAGCCUGCUGUUGACCUGCCAGCCCCAGCCAAAGCUCCUGCCCCAGCCAAAGCUCCUGCCCCCACAGAGGCCAAACCUGUUCCUAUUGAGCUUAAAGCUGCUCCUGCACCAGUAGUGGCCAUGCCAGCACCUGUUGCUGCAGAUCCUGCACCUGCCUCACCCGUCUCUCCCAAGCCUGAGGCUUCCCCUGUGGCCUUCAAAGUGACCUCAAAGCCUGCUGCAUCAGCCCCUAUGUCAUUUGCUGAUGCUGUUGCCUCUAGCCCACUUAAAGCUGCCCCUGAAAUGCCUAAGGCCAAGCCUAAGCCUGUGCCCAAAGCUGAGGUGAAAGAGGUCAAGGCAGCCCCUGCACCAGCUAAGCCUGCUCUGGAGGAUGAUGACCUUCCACCUCUCAUUCCACCAGAGGAGCCAGUAAAGAUGCCAGUCCACUCACCCCCUACAGUAGUAGAGGCUCCUAAGCCUACCCUAGUUGCUUUUCCAGCUCCCCCUAAACCAGCUCCAGUUGAGCCCGUUGUAGCUGCACCAGCUCCGCCCAAGCCUGCGCCAAUUAAGCCCGUUGUAGCUGCACCAGCUCCGCCCAAGCCUGCGCCAAUUAAGCCUGUUGUAGCUGCACCAGCUCCGCCCAAGCCUGCGCCAAUUAAGCCUGUUGUAGCUGCACCAGCUCCGCCCAAGCCUGCGCCAAUUAAGCCCGUUGUAGCUGCACCAGCUCCGCCCAAGCCUGCGCCAAUUAAGCCCGUUGUAGCUGCACCAGCUCCGCCCAAGCCUGCGCCAAAUAAGCCCGUUGUAGCUGCACCAGCUCCGCCCAAGCCUGCGCCAAAUAAGCCCGUUGUAGCUGCACCAGCUCCGCCCAAGCCUUUCCCAGUUGAGCCUGUUGUAGCUGCACCAGCUCCGCCCAAGCCUUUCCCAGUUGAGCCUGUUGUAGCUGCACCAGCUCCACCCAAGCCUGCGCCAAUUAAGCCCGUUGUAGCUGCACCAGCUCCACCCAAGCCUGCGCCAAAUAAGCCCGUUGUAGCUGCACCAGCUCCGCCCAAGCCUGCACCAAAUAAGCCUGUUGUAGCUGCACCAGCUCCACCCAAGCCUGCGCCAAUUGAGCCCAUUGUAGCUGCACCGGCUCCGCCCAAGCCUGCGCCAAUUGAUCCUGUUGUAGCUUCCCCUAAGCCUGUUGAAGUAGCCAUUGUACCACCACCACCUCCAGUUUCAAAACCUGCCCCCACCCCUGCUAAAACCCCAACCAAACCGGAGCCUGUGACCAAGAAUGAGGGUAUUUCUUCUUCCUCCUCUCUCUGUCUCCUGUCUCUGUUUGCCUGCCAAUGUUGAGUUCUGUGGCCCAUUCACUGGCUUGCUCAAGUGUCUCUUCCCUUUUUCUUCAGGUUUGAGUUGAAGAAAGUAGAGAUUGUAGUAGUCUGUGUAUUAGAUUUGCUUCAAAUGUAACCUCAACUGGCCUGUUUCAAAGAUUACAUGUAAUUGGAGCUAUUGAUUGGUGAAAUCAGUGCUCCCACUUUAGUGCCAUUUUUGUUAUUUUGGAUUAUAAUUUAAGCGGCAAUCAACAGUGGCCUCCCCACCCCUGGUUUGGUAAAAAGCUGAGAGGUGGGGCAGGAGAAAUGUAAUCACUCUCAAAUGAAUAGACUGUGCUAUGGAUGCAAGGAUUUGACAGUCCAUUAUAUCAAAAUUAUAGUUUUAACCAUGUUUUGAGGCCAAAUAGUGUUUAUUUACAUUUUCUUGUUUUCAAAUAUUGGAGUAAAACAAGCUUAAUUUGGGUUCCGAUGGGGUACGACAGUUGAACUAAGUUCAUGAAGCAUUUAUAAGUCAAAUUGAUGUAGCAAAUGCUGAUUUCCCCUUGAACUGUGUACUUUCAAACCAACCGAAGGUUCCAGUUGGCAUGUUUUGCCUCCCAUCAAGGUGCAUGUUAAAAGUUCAAGUCGUGUAAAUGUUCUCAUUUCCCUACUAUUUUUAGACACUGUAUGGUGGCUGUUUUUCCCCACAAUGAUAGUUGAUUGAGCCAUAGUAUGGAACUCUAUAAAAUAUCCUUGGGGGGGGGGGGGUCAUGUCAUAAGUUCGGAGAGCCAUCUUAAAUCUGUAUGACUAAGGCAACAUUUUACCAUAAUAUUAUUUUAACCUUUAUUUAUAAGCAGGUCUGUUAGUUUGUACACUGACAUUUAAUUUUUUUUUUUUUUACCUCAUCCACAUUUAACCAUUAUUCAUUCAGUGCCUCAAAUUACUAGUUUAAAUUCACUUACCACCAACAAAUGUUGGGCUCAUUUGACAUCUCAAUUUGUAUUGGUCUCGGUGCCUUAAACCGACUGCUCAGUUAAAUGACCCAUACAAUUACAAUUCUCUGGUCUUACACAGGCGCUACUGUAAGAGAACUGGUUAUCUGCUGCUCAGGCAUCUGCCUGUGACAGCCUGUAUAAUGUGACUAAUGCUUGUUUCUCUAUGGGGUGC